AUGAAGGCACUGCUUGGAUCGCAAGAUACUUGGGAGAUUGUAGAAAAAGGCUACAGUGAGCCUAGUGACAAAAUUCCUUUGAGUCCUAAUCAAAGAGAGGUUUUGUAUAAACUUCGAAAGAAUGAUCAACAAGCUCUCACCCUUAUUUAUCAAUUUUUGGAUGAGGCUAUGUUCGAGAAGGUGGCGAAUGCAACCACCUCCAAGCAAGCAUGGGAGAUUCUCACAAACUCUCAUCAAGGAGUUGAUAAAGAGAAGAAAAUUCGCCUUCAAACGUUAAGAGAGUCAAAAGAUUUAGAAACCAUGAGUAUUGAUCAACUCAUGGGAUCUCUUCAAGCCCAUGAAGAAAGGCUCCACAAGAAGAAAGAAGAGUCAUUGGAACAGAGCGCCAACCUCAACGCGUUCAUUUAUAAGAACUUCUUAGAUCCUUACAUUUCGAGAACAUGGAAUGCAUUGGAUUAUAAGCCGGUGCAUAUUGAACCCCAAGCUGGGUUGAUGCAAACUGACAAGAUUGACGCCCUGCCUGGACAGCCAGCCGGAGUAGAUUUUGAUCAGUAUGCAGGCUAUGUUACGGUGGACCCUGAGACUGAGGAGAAACUGUUUUAUUACUUUGUGGAGGCACCUCAAAAUUCAGCUACCAAACCUCUCGUUUUAUGGCUAAAUGGAGGCCCGGGAUGCUCUUCUCUCGGAUAUGGAGCCAUGGAAGAACUGGGACCUUUCAGAGUCAAGAGUGAUGGAAAAACACUUUACCGAAAUCACUAUGCAUGGAACAACGUGGCAAAUGUUAUCUUCUUGGAAUCCCCAGCCGGAGUUGGGUUUUCAUAUUCAAAUAAAUCAGGCAACUACGUUCUUGCCGGGGACGCAAGCACGACAGACCACACUUAUACUUUCCUUGUAAACUGGCUUGAGAGAUUCCCCCAGUAUAAAACCCGCGAUCUCUUUCUAGCUGGUGAAAACUAUGCUGGUCAUUACGUUCCUAUGCUCGCUGAUGCAAUUGUUUCACAGAACAAGAAAAAAACAAAUCACACAAGAAUCAACCUCAAAGGCAUCGCAAUUGGGAAUGCUUGGAUAGAUGAUGUUACAGGUUUAAGAGGCAGAUAUGAGUAUCACUGGGCACAUGCUUUGAUCUCCGACGAGACUAUUGCAGGAAUUCGCCAGAAUUGUGACUUUUCUAGAAUUGGGGUUUCACCCCAGUGUUACUUAUAUCUAAGCCAAGCAGACGCUGAGAUCGGAUUGCUUGAUAUUCAGAACAUAUAUGCUCCGUUAUGCAGUUCAUCACCAACAAAGUCUGGCCACACUGCUUCUGUGAAUGGUUUUGACCCCUGCUCCGACCAAUACGUCGCCACCUAUCUAAAUCUUCCUGAGGUGCAAAGAGCUCUUCACGCAAAAGCUACAAACUGGACCUUUUGCAGGUACGCCGCUUAUCAAUUGUUUGAUAGCCCAAGGUCAGUUUUACACACCAUAGAUCAGCUUAUAUCAAGUGGAAUUAGGACAUGGAUAUACAGUGGCGACAUAGAUGCCCUCGUUCCCGUAACCUCCACUAGGUUUGCUUUAAACGAACUAAACUCAACGGUCAACACCACCUGGAGGCCCUGGUAUUCUGGCACCAAGAUUGGAGGAUAUGUACAAGGGUACGUAGGAGGACUGACAUUCAUCACUAUAAGGGGAGCCGGGCAUAAAGUUCCAAGCUACCAACCGAAACAAACACUAAUCAUGAUCUCAUCAUUCCUUCAUGGGACACAUACCCACGUCAUUUUGCAAGCAGCGGCAACAGAGAUCGAGAUGAUCAUGAAGCUUUCGUUUCUCACAAGGUUGCUGCUGCUCUUCCUCUCUUUUCACCAUUUGGGGUUUCCCAUCUCUUGCUACAAUACUAACCAGAGUGCCAACCUCAACGCGUUGAUUUAUAAGAACAUCGUAGAUGGUUCUGUUGCCUUUGUAUGGAAUGCAUUGGAUUAUUCGCCGGCUCAUAUUGAACACCAAGAUGGGUUGAUGCAAGUUGACAAGAUCGACGCCCUGCCUGGACAGCCAGCCGGAGUAGAUUUUGAUCAGUAUGCAGGCUAUGUUACGGUGGACCCUGAGACUGAGAUGAAACUGUUCUAUUACUUUGUGGAGGCACCUCAAAAUUCAGCCACCAAACCUCUCGUUUUAUGGCUAAAUGGAGGCCCGGGAUGCUCUUCUCUCGGAUAUGGAGCCAUGGAAGAACUGGGACCUUUCAGAGUCAAGAGUGAUGGAAAAACACUUUACCGUAAUCAUUAUGCAUGGAACAAUGUGGCAAAUGUUAUCUUCUUGGAAUCCCCAGCCGGAGUUGGGUUUUCAUAUAUUUCAAAUGAAUCAGGCGACUACAUUCUUGCCGGGGACAGAGACACAAGAGACUACACUUAUACUUUCCUUGUAAACUGGCUUGAGAGAUUCCCCCAAUAUAAAACCCGCGAUCUCUUUAUAGCUGGUGAAAACUAUGCUGGUCAUUACGUUCCUAUGCUCGCUGAUGCAAUUGUCUUCCACAACAAGAACCACACAAAUCACAGAAGAAUCAACCUCAAAGGCAUCGCAAUUGGGAAUGCUUGGAUAGAUCAUGUUACAGGUUUAAGAGGCAGAUUUGAGUAUUACUGGGCACAUGCCUUGAUCUCCGACGAAACCAUUGCAGGAAUUCGCAAGAAUUGUUACUUCUCUAACGAUUGGCAUUCAACCCUGUGUUUCUUGUAUCAACGUCAAGCAGAUGCAGAGAUUGGAUUGCUUGAUAUUGAUAACAUAUAUACUUCGUCGUUAUGCAGUUCAUCACCACCAAAGUCCGGCCACACUGCUUCUGACGUCAUCGGUUUUGACCCCUGCUCCGACCAAUACGUUACUACCUAUCUAAAUCUUCCUGAGGUGCAAAGAGCCCUUCACGCAAAAGCUACAAACUGGACCUUUUGCAGCCGUUAUCAAUGGUCUGACAACCAACGGUCAGUUUUACCCACCAUAGAGGGGGUUAUAUCAAGUGGAAUUAGAACAUGGAUAUACAGUGGCGACACAGAUCCUCUCGUUCCAGUAACCUCUACUAGGUUCGCUUUAAACGAAUCAAACUUGACGGUCAACACCGCUUGGAGGCCCUGGUAUUCUGGCAAAGAGGUAAAACAUCUGGUUGGUCAUUUGAUACCCAUAAUUUUACCCAAAUAUAAAACUGGCCGGGUUAAGAAAUUUUCACUUGGUGAUGUUGGCAGAUUGGAGGAUAUGUACAGGGGUAUGUCAGAGGACUGA